CACUGACAAGGAGACACUGGGACACGCGGAGAUGCUGGCAUCAGCCACGUCCCACUGCUGGAAGGCACAAGGAUGGACCCCAGUGGUGCUGCGACCAACCACAUCUCACUGGUGCAGGGUGCCAGGACCCUUGGAGAUGCUGGCAUCAACCACAUCCCAGUGCCACAGGUGACAACAGGAGCCCUGGUGACGCUGGCACCAGAUAUUUCCCACCGCCAGGGGUGACACUAAGGGCCUCCAGUGGCACUGGACAUAUCCCAGAGUGUAUGAUGACACCAUGCCACGAGCAUGAGCUGUGUCACACUGCCGGGGGUGACACCAGAACCCCUGGGGAUACCGGCACUGGCCAUGUCCCAGUGCUGGGGGUGACACCAGGGCCUCUGGUGGCACCAGCCAGUCCCAUAGUCUGUGAUGACACCAUGCCAUGGGCACCAGCGCUGGCUUUGCCCCAAACCUGGACUCUCGAGUCCCCAGGGCACUCGUGCAGGCAGGACACCCCAAAACCCCCGGUGAUGCUGGGGUGAUGGCAGUACCUGCAGCCCCUCCAGCCGUGGCACCAGGGCCACCCAGGGGACCCUUCGGGCAGGGACCAGGAGAAGUAAAGCCUUGGAGCCACCUUAACUUGCUGGUGGUGACGACAUCGGGGUGGUGGCCCGGGAAAGUUUAAAAGCAGUGGAAAGGCAGCAAGUGAGGAGAGAGCAGAGGGAGAGAUCAUACCUAGCAGGAUGGAUAUGUGGCAAGUGACAUCCAACGAGCUGUUGACAGUGACUGCUAACAGGCUGGAUGAAUGGAUCGCAAGGGUCCUGCAGCCCAGCACGGAUUUCACCAAGCAGGUGAAGGAGACGGUGAAGCUAAUCUGUGAGUUCUUGAAGCAGAGCUGCUUCGAGUCCAACAUCCACGUCCUCAAGACCGUCAAGGGUGGCUCGGCAGGCAAGGGCACAGCCCUGCGGAACAACUCCGAUGCCGACGUGGUGCUGUUCCUCAGCUGCUUCUCCAGCUACCAGGCCCAGAAGCAGGACAGAAAGUAUAUCCUGGAUUUGAUCAAGAAGAGGCUGCGCGACUGCAGGGAGCGUCUGAUGUUCACUGUGAACAUUGACGAGCCCCGCUACAAGGGUCCUGGCAACACGCCACGCUCUCUUAGCCUCACCCUUGGCUCCAAGGAGACCCAGGAGUCCAUCGAGGUGGACAUCCUGCCUGCCUACGAUGCUUUGGGGCAGGUGAUUCAGGGCACCCGGCCAGAUGUUGAGGUGUAUGUGGAGCUUCUGAAUGCCAGCAGUGACCCUGGGGAGUUCUCCCCCUGCUUCACUGAGCUGCAGAAGAACUUUGUGAAGCGUCAUCCUGCCAAGCUGAAGAACCUCCUGCGCCUGGUCAAAUACUGGUACAAGGAGCUGCUGAAGCGACAGCACCCCAGAGCAGAUCUGCCCCCCAAGUAUGCCUUGGAGCUGCUCACCAUCUAUGCCUGGGAGGAGGGUACGGGUUCCAGUCACUCCUUUGACACGGCCAUGGGCUUCCGUACAGUGCUGGAGCUGCUGCGCCGGCACCGGGAGAUCUGCAUCUACUGGGAGAUGUACUACUCGCUCCAGCACAGCCGGAUCGGUGCCCACGUGAAGAGGCUGCUGCGCAGUCCCCGCCCAGUCAUCCUGGACCCUGCUGACCCCACAGGGAUCCUGGGCCAAGGCAAGAGGUGGGACUUGGUGGCACAGGCAGCUGCCAACUACCUUUCGCUGCCCUGCGUCAGCUCUGCCCAGCCCUGGAAUGUGCAGCCAGCCCGGCUCGUGGAGAUUGAGGUGAAGCAGCUGACGGGCACCAGCUUGGCCUGGACCGUCAGCCCAAGCACCACCAUCCGGCAACUGAAGGAGAAGAUUGAGCAGGCAUGGGACAUCCCUUGGUAUAGGCAGCGCCUGAAGCAGAGGGACCCAAGUGAAGACACCACCAUCCUGCAAGAUGAUGAGACCCUGGCCACUCAUGGCAUUUUCUGCCGCACCAUGCUGAUGCUGGUGAUUGAGUCUCAGGUGAUGGAGGUCUUUGUGAAGGACGACAAGAACCGGACCACGACCUAUGUGGUGAAGCCCACUGACACCGUUCGGCAGCUGAAGGAGCAGAUCCACAGCCGGCGGGGACCUCCUGCCGACCAGCAGAGCCUGAUGUAUGACUCCAGCAACAUGGAGGACCGGCACACGCUGGCACAUUACAACGUCCAGCCCUGGAGCACCAUCUUCAUGCUCCUACGGCUCCGGGGGGGCACAGACCCCUGACACCCCCAGUUCCCUGCCUGCUCACCCUCCUGCGCAUCACCCCCGGCACCAGCCUGUGCCCCUGUAUGCUCUA